AUGGAGUGUGAUAUCUGUGGCAGGGAGGGUGCACUGCACUGUGUUACUUGUGCCCGCACCUUCCUAGAGAAAGCCCGCGGCGAACUCGCACAGGAACUGGUUGUUGGCGACACAUAUGCGAAGCAUGUCAGAGCCGUUGUUGAGGGUUUGGAAGACAAAGAGAGCCAGUACGUUUCGCUUCAGGACUCGAAGGGCGGCUUGCUCGUGGACCGUCAAGAAUGCACCAACCACAUCGAGAUACAGCGAACCCGAGCUGAAACCGCGGAAAUCGAAGAGCGAACCGCUUUGAUCAACGAGCAGGCUGAGCUGCUUCGACGGCAGAUUGAUGAUGCACGGAAGAAGCUUGCGGAAAAGCGCCGGCAGACGGCCUUACGAAGAUCUGAUAUCUCUUCCGCCACUCACGACGUAGACGUGCGCCGAGCCAACGAACGUGACAAGAUACAGCAGAGUAUCAAGCGCCUGGGAUAUGAGUCCGACAAGGUUCACGCAUCCACGAUGGAAAUGCGAUCCUAUCUUGUCAACUCGGCGGCUGAUAUUGCGGGGCUGAAGUCGAUAAAGCGUAGAACGAAGGACGGUGAGAUCAAGGAGACAUUCUACAUGGGCCCUGAUAUAGAUCGACAUCGAACGUUAUCAAAAUCAGGUAGACAUGUUAGGAUCUGGGACUUGCUGGAGCUCAACGACGCUCCGCCGGAUGAAGUUUCAGCAUCUCUACUUGCUGUCACGCAACUCCUCAUCCGCGUCACGGCCUAUCUCGGUCUCCGUCUGCCGUCCGAAAUCACACUUCCGCACAAAGACUAUCCACAUCCCACCAUAACCAGCCCUGAGGAAUCAUGGGAAGGCAAGAAAGCUCCUUUUCCAGGCCUGACCCCGUCACACUCGUCCAGCAACAGCCCGGAAGCCUCUCGUACUUUAGAUGGUGCACCUAUGCCGAGGGCCAUGGUGCUCUAUCUUGAUCGGUCGCUCCCUCACCUGCGCGAAGAAGAUAAAGCGGCCUAUGCAACUUUCAUAGAAGCCGUCGCUCAUCUUGGCUACAAUGUCGCCUGGCUUUGUCGAUCACAGGGUAUGAAAGAUGAGAUUGCGACAUGGGAGGGUGCGUGCGAUAUGGGCAAAAACCUUCACCGUUUACUCAAGCAACGAGUGACUUGGAAUCCUCAACGCCCGGAAAAUCCACUUGACAAAGAUAUACCACAGUCGAAGUCCAGCUCGAAUGCAUCGAAAAAGACGCCUGUAGGACUUGGCGAAGUCUCCUGCUCAACGUCCCAUUCAUUCGCUCUUGAUGGUGAGAACGUAGAUCGACUUGGAGAUUGGAAAGUAACUCCGUGGAAGCUGAACGACCAGCUGAAAAGCUUCUUGUACGCGGAGGAACAGACCAAGGACUGGGAUAACCUGGACCCGAAAGAGUGGGCAGACAUGGAGAACGCAAUCAAAGAUGAUCCGGUCAUGGUUGGAAAGCGACAUCGCGAAGGUGAUGGAAAGAGCAUCGUGGAGAAUCUGUCAACUAUCGCGGAAGCUGAGGCGGGCGAUGAGCGCAAGAGGGGAGUAAACGGCUGGACUAGGGUCAAGAGUCGCAGUGAGGAGCCAGCAAAGAAGCCGGCGCCGGAGUGA